AUGGGUAUCCAAAAGAAGCACGGAAAAGGUCGUCUCGACAAGUGGUACAAGCUUGCCAAAGAGAAGAACUAUCGCGCCAGAUCAGCCUUCAAGCUUAUCCAACUUAACCAAAAAUAUGGAUUCCUACAGAAAUCUAGAGUCCUUAUCGAUCUUUGCGCCGCGCCAGGAGGAUGGCUCCAAGUGGCGGCGGAGAACAUGCCAAAUUCUAGUUUAAUCGUCGGAGUGGAUCUCUCACCGAUAAAACCGAUACCGAAGGUCAUAACCUUUGUUUCCGAUAUCACAACGGAUAAAUGUCGGUCCACAUUGCGACAGCACCUUAAAACGUGGAAAGCCGACACAGUUCUUCACGAUGGUGCUCCGAACGUUGGUACAGCAUGGGUUCAGGACGCUUUCACACAAGCGGAACUUGCACUUCAAUCGCUCAAACUUGCGACCGAAUUUCUGGCUGAAGGAGGAACUUUCGUCACCAAGAUCUUCAGAUCUAAGGACUACAACUCGUUAUUGUGGGUGUUCAACCAGCUUUUCAAGAAGGUCGAGGCUACAAAGCCGCCCUCGUCUCGUAACGUUUCAGCCGAAAUUUUCGUCGUUUGCAGAGGCUAUCUUGCGCCAAAGCGUGUGGAUCCAAAGUUCUUGGAUCCGAAAACCGUCUUUGAGGAGUUGCCCGAUGCGACGCCGAAUAACGAGGCGAAGGUUUACAAUCCAGAGAAGAAGAAGAGGAAGAGAGAUGGUUACGAAGAGGGCGACAAUCUGUUAUAUAAGGAGAUACCGGUUAAGGAGUUCAUCGAGACGACGGACCCAAUUGCUUUGCUUGGUUCUAUGAACAAAUUUACAUUCACAGAUACGAAUGACAUCGCGACAGCCACGAUAACGCGGCUCCCAGAGACAACUCCUGAAAUACGGAAAUGUUGCGACGACUUGAGGGUUCUGGGAAGGAGAGACUUUAAGAUACUUCUGAAAUGGCGUCUAGCUAUCCGAGACAAAUUUGGAUGGUCAGCAAAGAAGAAGAAGGAAGAGGAAGAAGAAAAGAAGGCCGAAGAAACCGCAGAGAUCACACCGAUGGAUGAGGAGCUCCAGCUAGAAGAAGAUCUUAAAAAUAUGCACGAAAAGGAGACAAAAAAGAAGAGAAAAGAGAAAAGAAGGGAUAAUGAAAGAAAACAAAAAGAGAUUGUCCGAUUGCAAAUGCAUAUGACUGCACCCAUGGAACUUGGUCUGGAACAACAGGCAGGACCUGGAGAUGACCAGACAAUGUUCAAGUUAAAAACAGUUGAUGCAGCAGGUGGUUUGAAAGAAGUCGUUAAAGGCAAGAUGAAUAUGGUUGUAGAUGAGGAUGAGGCCAAAGCCCGAGCUGCUGCUGCUCAGAAAGAUGAGGAAAGCGAUGAUGAGGAAAGCGAUGAUGCGGAAGAUCAAUUGGAAGACGAACUGGAUAGGAUGUAUGAGCAGUAUGUUGAGAAGAAAGCAGAGAGGGAUGAUAAGUUUAAAGCAAAGCGGGCGCGCAAACAGGGUAAUGACGAUGAAUGGGACGGUAUUGACGAGAACAAAAAGGAUGAUGUUACAAGCGAUGAGGAUGUGGUCGCAGAGGAGGAUGACGAUGAUGACGAUUCUUCUGAAGAUGAAGACAACGAACCCGAGCAGCGCCUUGUUACUUCUCUUGAUAGCGAACAAACUACUACAAGCGGCCUAAGCAAAAAAGCGGCUCUCUUCUUUGACCAAGAUAUCUUCAAGGAGUUCGGUGAUAUCGAAGAGGGCGGAAGCAGCGAGGAAGAAAGCGAGGAAGGGGCCGACGACAAUAGUGGAGAGGAAGCGGAAGGGCUGGAGGAUGAGGAUGAGGCCGAAGAUGAAACCUCUGAACACGAGUCUAGUUCCGAGACUAUUGAAGAUGCGGACGAGUGGUAUGACACUAGGGAAACUGCAGAAAGCGACGAAGACGAUGUGAGCGACAGUGGCAUCGAAAUCGUAAAAUCAAACAAGAACGAUAUCUGGGAUUCAAACGAAAAGGAACCAACAAAGAACGGAAAACCAGAUAUUGACAUUAUAACAGCUGAAGCCAUGACCCUAGCCCAAGAUAUCGCUCUCGGGAAGAAAUCUAAAGCUGACCUCAUUGAUGAUGGUUUCAACAAAUACUCCUUUAGAUCAAAAGAUGGAUUGCCGGAAUGGUUCCUCGAGGAUGAAGCUAAACAUAGCAAACCAUUACGCCCUAUUACGGCCGCUGGUUCCGCUGCUAUCAAAGAGAAGCUGCGUGCUUUGAACGCACGCCCUAUCAAGAAGGUUAAGGAAGCGAAGGACCGAAAGAAGUUUAAGGCUCACCAAAGACUCGAGAAGCUACGAAAGAAAUCUGCUAUGUUAAUGGAGGAAGAGGGUAUGACCGAGAAAGAAAAGGCGCAGAAGAUCACCAGGAUGAUAAACCGAGCUACAAAGAAGAAACCAAAGCAGGCCGUAAGUGUGGUUGUUGCAAAGGGAGGGAACAGGGGUGUUCAGGGCCGGCCAAGAGGUGUGAAGGGGCGAUACAAAGUUGUCGAUCCUCGUAUGAAAAAGGACAAAUCACGAGUGAAGAAAAAGAAAUAA